AUGGGCAUCCAUGCUGUUAGCGUCAUGCUAGAGGCUCUCAAUAGAGAUGCCCAACAUGCUACUAUCGCCAAGUUCAUUCAGAAUAAACUUGACGCUGAACGCGAGAAAGUAGCCUUGCUUCACCAACAAGGUUAUCAACAAUCAGAGUUGUUGAGAGAACAAGGUGCUCAACAGUUUGAACUGUUGAGACAGCAGCAGGCUGCUGCUGGUGGGUCGACGCGAGUGCAUCGACCCGAAACCUUGAAGAUUGACAUCUCUAAGUAUAGGGGAGUCGAAGAGGACUCCCUCUUGGGAUGGUUUGUCGAAUUAGACGACGCCAUAAGGGCGCGUCGCAUCGACGACGGGGAAAUGCAAGUUGCAUUUGCCCAGUCAAAUCUGGCAGGACGUGCCAAGACUUGGGCAUUGGAGCUCAAGUUUCACGACACAUGUGCGUUUGGGUCGUUGGAAGUCUUCAAGUCGCGGCUCAGAAAAACGUUUGAACCGCCUAGAGCUGAGUUCUGA